UUGAUUGGAAAGGUCAAAGGAUAAACCGUGAAAUCAGCGUGACUCUUGUCUGCGUGUCGUCUGUACGACGUUUUCAAUUUUUACAUUUCGUUCUGAAGACAUUGCAGUGUACAUAGUUUGUUCACAAAACACAACCAUGCUUUUUUACUCAUUUUUCAAAUCUCUUGUGGGGAAAGAUGUUGUUGUCGAGCUGAAGAAUGAUCUCAGUAUCUGUGGAACGCUACACUCUGUGGACCAGUUCCUGAACAUCAAGCUUUCAGAUAUUAGCGUGACAGACCCAGAGAAAUAUCCACACAUGCUUUCAGUCAAGAACUGUUUCAUCCGUGGGUCAGUUGUAAGAUAUGUUCAGUUACCAGCUGAUGAGUGCGACACACAGCUUCUUCAAGAUGCAGCCAGGAAAGAAGCAGCACAGAGUAAACAGUAGCAUCAGCCAGUACAUGCCGACCUUGUAAAUAUGUAGUGUUUUGUGUUUUUAUUUGCAGAGUUGAUUUCAGAUGUUUCAUCACAGAUGUUGUAAAUAGAGUACUCUGUAUACCAUCUAAGUUGUACAAGUCCAAAAGAUUGUUUGGAAAGUACAGCCAUCAUACCCAACCUUUUGAAUUUAUCUAUGCUCUUUGUGAUUACAUAAAGAAUGUUGUUUACCAAUCUUUCCCAACUAGGACUUGAUCAGGGGAAGACUGAGCUUUCCUUUUAUUGUCAGAGUUUAUUCAUUUUAUGUUUAUUUUAGAAUGGAUCAUGUAUGGAGCUAUAUUUUCCAGAGAAUUAAGAAAGAUCAGAACAUGAAAUAAGACGACAAGGGUCUUGAGAUUUUGAUUUUGAGUGGAAAAUACCAAGCAUCACAUAUACAAAGUUUGUACAUAAAAUCAACAAACUUGCUUCAACCACUUGUUCCAUAUUAGCUGUAGUGACCUCAUCAGGUGUUCUGCUGUGUCUUUUGAAUGAAUUUUGUUCAAAAUAUUAAGCCAAUGAUAGGAUGCGGAGAUCUGAAAAGAUCUAUCUGUUGAAACAUAUUUGACUUCCAAGUUCCAUAACAGGUUUAAGUUCCAUAAAUCAUGACCAUAAAAAUCAAUUGUUUCUGUGGAGUUUAUGCUAUCAAUCUCAGUUCAGUUUAGUUUAUUUAUUAAAAACUGUCACACAAUUUGUAUUCAUAAUCAGCACAUGCAUGAAAAAGAUGCUAUUUGAGAAAGACAUUUUAUAUCACAGCAACCUUCAAAAGAUACCACUUACACAUAAGACAAUAGGUUUGUACUGAAUAAAUAAUUAUCAAGUACAUCAUAUAAUGAAAA